GUCAGAUUGCAUGCUGCUGGUAUUAAAAUGUUUCUAGGACCACCACCGAAUGUCAACUUCGAAAAUUGUUACAUUAUUACAAGAAAAGACACAUGUUCGUUCUCUUUUCCGGUGUACAGUUUUAUGUUAUAGGUUCCGUUUAGGGCUCACGCUAUCUUCACAACUGUUGUUGUUGCACGGACCUAAAAUCUGACAGCCAGGCAUAGCUGUUAGCUGGAGACGAAGAGCGAAAGUGCGAGAGCAGAGUGAUUGCGAAUUCGCUGGGUAGAAAGGAAGGCUAGCCAAGUGAGGCCUGAGCAAGAGGAUCUUGUUCACCUCCGACCGAAACACGGCGGAAUCAUGGCCAACAUCGCGGUUCAAAGGAUAAAACGGGAAUUCAAAGAGGUUCUCAAAAGCGAGGAGACAAGCAAAAACCAGAUAAAGGUGGACCUGGUGGACGAGAACUUCACAGAGCUGAAGGGGGAGAUUGCAGGGCCACCUGACACACCAUAUGAAGGUGGUAGAUACCAACUAGAAAUAAAAAUUCCAGAGACAUAUCCAUUCAAUCCUCCUAAGGUUCGAUUUAUCACCAAGAUCUGGCAUCCCAACAUCAGCUCAGUCACAGGUGCAAUAUGUCUGGACAUCCUUAAAGACCAGUGGGCAGCAGCCAUGACGCUUAGGACGGUGCUCCUGUCACUACAAGCCUUAUUGGCAGCUGCCGAACCAGACGACCCACAGGAUGCUGUGGUGGCAAAUCAGUAUAAGCAGAACCCAGAGAUGUUCAAACAGACGGCUCGGCUCUGGUCCCAUGUGUACGCUGGGGCUCCUGUGUCUAGUCCAGAGUACACCCGCAAAAUAGAUAAACUCUGUGCCAUGGGCUUCGACAAAAAUGCAGUAAUAGUGGCAUUGUCGUCGAAAUCUUGGGACGUGGAGACGGCGACAGAGCUACUGCUCAGCAACUGAAUCUCCAACCCUUGCCCCCCCCCCCCC